GCAGGAGCCCAGCACCUCCCCAAGGAAGCCGCGAGCCUGCUCUUUCCCUCCCGAUACGCUGCCGUGACGCCCCUCGCUCGGUACCUGCAUCUUCAACGUCUCACAGCGCUGCCAUCUCCCCUGCUACCGCCAUUCAGGCGUACGACCUCGGUACUAUCACCGCUCCGUCGUCUGUCCCAAUUGCCUCUGCUCUAGCCUGCAACCCGACAGCAGCAGCGGGAGCAGCAGCAAAACUCCGCCAGAGCGUCCGCCAUCUCCGCCUCACCCCCUUCCGCCCGCUCAACAUCACCAUCGACGUUGCCGACGACAUAGUAAUAGUAGGUGCUACAUGGUCUGUAGAGGAGGAACACUGUGGUAUUGGGCUUGCUAUGGGCUUGGAUCAGCAUAUACAUGGAUCGACCGACUGGCAUAUACCAAGUCCUUCCUCGACGCCCAAAUCGCUGACGUUCCCGGACGCAAGCCUCAAGACACCCAAGACGGAAACUUUUGCACACUCACACUUUCUUGACGCUUGGGCAACCCCGCUACCCAAUGGUCGGCAUACCCCUGUCCAGACACCCUCGUUUACACUGUCGACGACCAUAGACCGACCCUUGAGCUCCUAUAGCCAACCCGUCCGCACCCCCGAGGACCCGGACUUUCAUGUCAACCAUUUCGUCCCUCAGAACCUUCCCUUGCCACCCGUCGACGCCUCGCGAAGGCUGUCAUCGUCGCCAGAUCCUAAUAAAUUCACGAGGCCUGGCCGAAACCCGCCAUUGUCCUCCUCGUCUCAGACUUCGCGCCCCGUCGCCAUGGACUUUACCCAUAUGCAAACCCCACCCCCAACCAGGGAUGCUUCGUCUAGGAGGGGUCCCCCACAGGGUGCAGCAAACGGCGCGGGCACACCUGCCACUGUAAUACACAGGACGCCCGUCCAGGUACCAUCGUCAGAAACCUUCUUCGACCAGACCCCAUUUGGGUUUGGCAACUUGCAAUACACUUCAGACAUGAUGCAACUUUCCGGUCUUGACCCAAUGUCGGCGUCUCUCAUGCCUCAGUCACGUCUGUUUUGGGAUCCAUCUAACGAUGGUUAG